AUGAUCAGCUCCAGCUCUACCGGCCCCAAUCUGUUGUUGACCACGACGGGAUAUGGUCUAUCCUACGUUGUGCCAAAGCAGCACGCUACACAGCUCUCAUUGUCACACUGGACAUCUUUCUCUAUAGGCCUCAGCUUCACUGAUCCUGUCUUCCGAUGUGAGUUCAGAGAUGAAUACGGCUAUGAGGCAGGCGAAGUUAUAGGCCUAGAGCACCUGCCUAAGCAGCGGCAUGAAGAUACCAAGCGGGUACAGACUGCGGCGGAUGCUGAGAUGGCCGUUCAGGCCGAUGUUGAUAGUAUUAUUGUCUCCCACCGUAGUUAG